CAAAGGAUGGCUGCAGAAAACCUCUCCGCGGUGACAGAGUUCAUUCUCGGGGGCCUAACAGACCGGCCAGAGCUCCAGCGCCCCCUCUUCCUCCUGUUUCUUGGGAUCUACUCGGCCACCGUGAUAGGAAACCUGGGCAUGGUGACGCUCAUCCGCCUGGAUGCUCGGCUUCACACCCCCAUGUACUACUUGCUCAGCAACCUGUCGCUCGUGGACCUCUGCUACUCCUCUGUCAUCACCCCCAAAAUGCUGGUGCACUUCGUGUCAGAGAAGAACGCCAUCUCCUUCGCGGGGUGCAUGUCACAGCUCUACUUCUUCCUCGUGUUUGUCAUCGCGGAGUGCUACAUGCUCACAGCGAUGGCCUACGACCGCUAUGUGGCCAUCUGCAGGCCCUUGCUCUACAGCAGCGUCAUGUCCCACCACGCCUGCUCCCUGCUGGUGGCCGCGGUCUACGCCAUGGGGCUCGUCGGCUCCACCGUGGAGACGGGCCUGGUGGCACAGCUGCCCUACUGCAAGGUCCGCAUCGGUCACUACUUCUGCGACAUCCUCCCCCUCAUGAAGCUCUCCUGCUCUGGCACCCGCGUUCUUGAGGUGACAGUCUUCCUGUUGGCAGCGUUCAACAUCGUAGUCACCAGCCUCGCAGUGAUCUCCUCCUACAUCCCCAUCUUCUCCAGCAUCCUGCGCAUCAGCACCGCCGAGGGAAGGUCCAAGGCCUUCGGCACCUGCGGCUCCCACCUUGCAGCCGUGGGAAUGUUCUACGGGUCCACCGCGUUCAUGUACCUGAAACCCUCCACCGCCACUUCCCUGGCGCAGGAGAACGUGGCCUCCGUGUUCUACACCACGGUCAUCCCCAUGCUGAACCCCCUGAUCUACAGCUUGAGAAAUAAGGAGGUAAAGGCUGCCAUACAGAGAACCCUGAGGAGAAAGGUGUUUUGAUGCCAAAGUUAUUAUUAUUCCUCAAUUUUAAAAGUGGUUAUAAAUGCCAGCAAGAAGCCCCCUGGAUGCCCAACCACCAUGGGCAUCAAUUGCUUUUCUCCACUCUCAUUGCUUCUUUCUUUUCUAACCCUCGCCUGGGGAUAUGCUUAUUGAUUUUAGAGAGAAGGGGAGGGACAGGA